AUUACAUGGUGGCGCGGGUUACAAAUUGAGAUGUCAAAAGAUCCUGAGGCUGAGAGAAAAUUGUCAGAUAUAGCUUACAUGAUAGGUUCUGUCGCUACCAGAGUUAAAACAUGCUCAUUUUCUCCAGUGGUUAUGAAAGGAUGUAAUGGAGGGAGCUCGGUGUCAUUUUCAAGAGCAUGGAUAAGCGUAGAAAAAAAGGCCACAAAAUUUUCUCUCGUAAAUUACGGACUACCAGCUGCCUUUCUUUAUGAGGAUGGUCUCCGCUGUCUUUUAAAUACAAUGCUUGAAGGGAAAACAGAAGAAAACAAUGUGAAGAAAAGGGCACUAGAUUGUAUAAAGAAAUUUAUUUUUGAAGACCUCACUAAACAUGAGGAAUGUCUUGCAAAAUUAAAACAAAGUUUAAGUCAUGGAACUUCAAAAAGGAAAAAAGAAUACAUACAAUCCGUUCUUGCUGCUCAUCUAUUUGGUCCACUAGUUCCAGAAUCUGCAGAUGUUAACAGAUGUAGCAUUGACAGAUUAUCACAAAAAGCUACAAUUUGCAAGUUUUGUCAAGAAAAGCUGGUGGUAAUAAAAGAUACAACUUUUGGAAAUUAUGAAGUUUGGUAUGGUCGUGCAGACAUGAUUCUUCAGAAAAGUGCCAUUGUAGUGAAUAAAGGCAGUGACACUGUAUCAAAGCUUUUUUCAGGAAGAAUAGCAACAUGCUCAUGCCAAAGUACAAGCUCACGUUCCUGUACGAGUGAAUUUGAUCAUGAUUCUUCAAGUAGUAGUAGUGAUACCUGCAAUUGCUCUGAAGUAGAAAUAAAGAGUAAAGGUUUCGAAGGACAUGCCCAGAAUCAGGCUAUCGCACAGUGUAUAUCAAAUGCUUUCUAUGUCCAGGAUCAAAGUCAGUUAUCGGAUGUUUACAUUCCAUCUUUCUUAGCCAAUGAUAAUAUCAUUAAAAUAUACAUGUACUGUUGUAGCAAUGACAUUCUUCUUGAAAGUGAAUCAAUGCCAAUUUUGAGAGGGGAUACCAUAAAUGUUGCAACAGUAAUUACAGUGUGGUUGGCAAUUAACUUUGACUACUUUGACUUAAGAGACAUUAAAAGUAAGGAAAUAGCCCAGAAACUACAUCUUGCUAGCCCGAAGUCAAUGUUCAAAACAUUGAUAGGAGCGGAAGCGUUAUACAUCUAUGAACAUAAAUUGCACAGACCUUUGGAUCCAAAACAAACUGAUAAAGAGGAAAAGGAUGACGAGAGAAUAGAUGUCCAUCCAUUAUUUCAAGAAUAUCUAAACACUUUUACACCAUAUGAAAUAGCAAUCUUAUCAAAAAAGGAAUAAAGCAUUCUUUUU